AUGGAGGUAUUGAGCGUUGAAUGGUCGAGUGACAGGCGCUAUCUGGCAUCGGCUUCAAUGGAUAAUACUGUAGUCGUAUGGAAUGCAAAGAAGUUACCGGGUAGGUGA